CAUAUUAAUGAUUUGGGGUGGUUAUCGCCUCGAUUGAUGAGACUAGUUAAACACAACUGAGUUAUACAUUUCUUCGAGCGGUCCCUCUGCUCGGCCUGGAAAUCGGUGCGUUCACGGCGCCUUGAUAACUGUUAGCUGCGACCACAGACGUGUCGACGUUCAAACUAAUACGACCUGCAUCAUGGUGCGCAUGAACGUACUCGCAGAUGCUCUGAAAUGCAUCAACAAUGCUGAGAAGCGUGGGAAACGCCAGGUCCUCCUCAGGCCCUGCUCCAAGGUUAUUGUGCGCUUCCUAACCGUCAUGAUGAAGCACGGUUACAUUGGUGAGUUUGAGAUAAUUGACGACCACAGAGCCGGAAAAAUCGUCGUUAAUCUCACAGGCAGGCUGAACAAGUGUGGCGUGAUCAGUCCGCGUUUCGAUCUCCAGUUGAAGGACCUGGAGAAGUGGCAGAACAACCUGCUGCCCUCUAGACAGUUUGGAUACAUUGUGCUGACCACCUCAGCUGGCAUCAUGGACCACGAAGAGGCCAGACGGAAACACACAGGAGGCAAAAUCCUUGGAUUCUUUUUCUAAAAUGUAAAGAACUGCAAAUAAAAAAACAACCAGGUGUAAA